AUGAGGAUUUACAGGGUAACAAGGCUGGUCCUCCUGGUGUGCCAGCUUGGACUCAUUUUGAGGACCGAGGCUCAGAUUCCAGUAGAGUGCAUUACUAGCCCCACAAACAGACCACCUGAAAACUCUGACAUAACGGUGGUGUGUGGCACCGAGCACAUGGACCUGAGUAUCUACCUUUGCCCCGUGUACCAAGAGCUCUACAACGAGUCGCAGAUGGUGCUCAAUAACGAGUACACUAAAGACGAAUGUUUUGGGGAGGCCGACUGGACCGUUGACCCGCCCGUGUUGAAGUUCAGCUUCCCCAUAAACGAGAGCUCCUUGACGUUGUGCGGGAAUGACUUCAACAUCAUCAACCAGGUCGGCACGGGGGCGUUCGCCGACUUCUCCAACGUCCAGUUUGUCAACAUCUCCGGCGACGUGACCUCCAUCGACCCGUCGUCGGGUAUGAUCACCUACAGGUCGCAACUCUACUACAAGUUCUCCUGCCUCUACCCCAUGCAGUAUCUGCUGAACAACACCCAGCUGGGCGUAUCCGGUGUGAAUUUGGCCAUUCAAGACAACAACGGCAGCUUCAUCAGCACGCUCAACUUGCAGCUCUAUGACGAUGAUCAGUACCUGACUCCGCUUACAAUCCCAUCGACGGGUCUGCAGCUGAAGACCACGAUCUAUGUUGCUGUCACAGCCACCAAUCUAACAGACAGGUUCAACGUGCUGCUGGACCGAUGCUACGCCACCACCAGUCCGUAUCCCGACUUCGACGCCUACUAUGACCUUUUCAUCGGAUGUACACGUGACGCCCAGACCAAAGUGGAGCUCAACGGCGAAUCUCAGGAGGCGCGCUUCUCCUUCGAGGCCUUUAGAUUCUUGGAGCACAGAAAUCUGACUGUGUCCACGUUCUACCUGCAUUGUGUCACCAGGCUGUGUGAGGUGUCCACCUGUAGCGCCCUACUUCCGGAAUGUGGAACUCAAGGAAGAAGACGAAGAAGAGAGGCUGAUGAAGACGACGUGGCUAACGCUACAGUCACCUCGCCGGUAAUUGUGGUGGCCAAACAAGGAGCAGGCUCAUCGGAGAGCAGCUACAGCGACCCCGUGGUGGGGGUCAUGGUCUGCAUCGUCGCCCUGUUACUCCAAUAG